UAGUGUCUGAAAUGGCCCCUCUGGCUGUUUGGAGAAGGUUAAAGGCAAUAGAAGUUGAAAACACCCUCCUGAAAACACCCUUCUCGCUUUGCUCUGAGCCUCGCCACCACCUUCAACAUGGCUGGUGGCAUUACUGAUACAGGAGAGCUUUACUCUCCCUAUGUCGGUCUGGUUUACAUGUUCAACCUCAUCGUCGGAACAGGAGCCCUAACCAUGCCGAAGGCCUUCGCGACAGCAGGGUGGCUCGUCAGCCUCGUUCUCCUAAUGUUCCUGGGAUUUAUGAGCUAUAUGACUACGACCUUUGUGGUGGAAGCCAUGGCUGCUGCAAAUGCCCAGCUGCGAUGGAAGAGAAUGGAAAAACGCAAGGAGGAUGAUGAUGAGGAUUCUUCUUCUGGAGUAUCUGACAGUGACGUUCUCCUCCAAGAUGGCUAUGAGCGAGCAGAGACACGACCUAUCCUGUCAGUUCAGAGACGUGGCUCACCCAAUAUCUUUGAAAUCACUGAGAGGGUGGAAAUGGGCCAGAUGGCUUCCAUGUUCUUCAAUAAAGUGGGUGUCAACCUGUUCUAUUUCUGCAUAAUUAUCUACCUCUAUGGAGACCUGGCAAUCUACGCAGCAGCUGUACCGGUCUCUCUCAUGCAAGUGACCUGCAGUGCCACUGGCAACCAUUCUUGCGGUGUUGGAGAUGGCACAAAGUAUAAUGAUACGGACAAGUGCUGGGGGCCAAUUCGACGGAUUGAUGCUUACAGACUGUAUCUGGCAGCAUUCACUCUCCUCCUGGGUCCUUUCACCUUCUUCAAUGUGCAGAAGACCAAGUAUCUUCAAAUCAUGACAUCCCUCAUGAGAUGGAUAGCUUUCAUCCUCAUGAUUAUUCUGGCCCUCAUCCGCAUCAGCAGAGGCCAAGCUGAAGGUCACCCAUCCGUGGCCCAGCUCUCGGGCAUCCGCAAUCUCUUUGGGGUGUGCGUCUACUCCUUCAUGUGCCAGCACUCCCUGCCAUCCCUCGUCACACCCAUCUCCAAGAAGAAGCAUGUCAACAAGCUCGUGCUGCUCGAUUACAUCCUGAUCCUGGCUUUCUACAGCCUCCUCUCCUUCACUGCCAUUUACUGCUUCCGCAAUGACACCCUCAUGGACAUGUACACGCUCAACUUCACCAACUGCGAGAUCAUCAACGUCGCCUUCAUUCGUUACUUCCUGGGCCUCUUCCCCGUCUUCACCAUCAGCACCAACUUCCCCAUCAUUGCAGUGACCCUGCGCAACAACUGGAAGACUCUUUUCCACAGAGAAGGAGGGACCUACCCAUGGGUGGUGGAUAGGAUUGUCUUUCCUGCCAUCACGCUGAUUCCCCCAGUGCUGGUGGCUUUCUGCACCCACGAUCUGGAGUCCUUGGUGGGGAUCACGGGAGCCUAUGCUGGGAACGGGAUCCAGUAUCUCAUUCCGGCUUUCCUCGCGUACUGCAGUCGGAAGGACACUCAGCUGGUCUUCGGCAGCGGGACGGUUAACAAGCACCUCUCCCCUUUCCGGCACACCUUCUGGAUUGUGUUUGUGCUCAUAUGGGGCUUUUCUUGCUUUGUGUUUGUGACUGCAAACAUUGUCCUGAGCGAGUCAAAACUCUGAUGCGGGGGUAGCGGCACACUCCCUCCUGGGCUCCAGAGACUUCAGCAUUUCAGCUCCCCCUCUGCGACUGUGGAGUGAGGGAGAGGCAGCGUGAAGGGAAGUUUCCAGGCCACUGGCUUGGUGGCACAGGUUAGACCUGGACACAGACUUCUUCACUCCAUUUUGGGUGUGGAUGGAGUGGACUCAGCCUUGUUACAAUCCUGGUUCUCAGACCCGCUAUACAAAGCCAUGGGGCUGAGCCCUUGGCAGCCUGCACGAUUAACCGGUGUCCAGCCAUUUCCACCUUCAGCUCUGUUGGAGCAUCACUUUCUCCGUCCCUACAGUGGCUCUCUGUUGUGCUGCAGGUCUCAGCACACAGGAGAGCAGGCAGCCUUGGCUGCUCACUACACUAAUCGGCCAAAUGUCCCUUCCCCCAAAGGCAGGGAUGUGCUGUGCAGAAUAUGGCAGGAGUUUGGGAGAACUGAGUCUCUUCUUUCUGCUGAGACCCCCUUCAAACCAACCUCCUGUGCCAGUUGAGGGAAGAAAUUAGGGUGGGAAUAGAUCUAAUUCAGAAGAAAAUAAUUUUGUGUUCUGUUAAAUUUUCUUUUUCUGGAGGCAUUAACCUGUUUGUGCACCAUGGAUUGCCUGGGAUCUGGGACCUUGUGCUCAGAGCUGGAUUUCUCCAGCCCAGGAGUUUACAUUCACACUACUCAUCCUGUUCUCCGGUGCUGUGGCAGCCCCAGCCAGACAGAGCAAUGCCCCUACGCCUGCAGGGAUACAGCCCUUCGCCCCUGGAAAGGAAACUGCAGCCUUGCUUCCCUCAGCUCCUGCAUGCAGCUCAGUGCCUUCAGCUGGCAGAGCCCUUCUCCAGUUCUCACCUUUGCCCAGGGCUGGUACAACCAGCCAGACCCUGAACUCCAGUGGUCAGGAUUUGUGUGGGCUGGAGAGGUGCUAAUUACCCAGUCCUGACACGCGUGAGGCCUGCAGGAGCUCUGGCUGCGCACGCUGAUGCGUUUCCAGCCUCCUGCGCUGGGUAAUUAGCCUUGAAACAAGGUGGGUGGCAACUCAAGGGACUGGGCUUGUGCCAGGAGGAAGCGGCAGUGCCCUGGCUCAGGCCUGCCUGCCUGCAGGAGCAGAGCUCCCAAGUGCUGUGGGGGAGCAAAAACGGAAACCCUGCUGGAACUGGGCUUGAAUCCUCCCCCCCCUCUUCUCUUUCUGCGCAGGGGUUAAGGUGGGCUUUGGGCUGGUCCUGCUCAGCUUCACAGGCAGCCCAAUUCUCGGAUACCUUGGGCAGCCAGUGCUCUAGGUGAGUCUCUGCUUUUGAGGCUCCUGGUGGUCACUAUAAUGCCACACGGUGACGAACGGCACUGGGUCCUGUGCUCUGAGGCCCUUGGGCAAAGAUCAUAUGGGUUUUCCUCAAAAAAAAAAAAAAAGGAAGAACUUUAAAAGUUUUCACCUGAAAUAUUUUAAACACCCCUUAUUAAAGCAGGUUCAAAGCCAGGUGCAUGUCACUUAUGUUAGAUCCUCUUGCCCUCUGCGCUUGCAGUAUUAAGUGUCACCGCUCACUAAAGCAAGCUUUGAACUGCAGCUCUUUAAUCAAGCUCUGUUUUCAAGUAGGACUUUCUGGUUUCCAUAUGACCUGAAGUGCUCCUUCUGGGGGAAUAUGCAAGUAUCUGGAGCUGUAUAUAAACACUUAAUGGCUUUUAAAGCAAAACCCUGCACCUCUUGAGCCUGAGCACUGCCACUGUGUCCUUGCUGAGCUGCUUGGAGAGGAUCCAGGGGGACUUCUUGCCUCCUCUCCAGCUUGAUCCUAACCAGGCAUUGGCAGCCCUCGUUAGUGAGUUUAAACAUCCCCAAGAGCUCCGGGGAAGCUGAUGUGGCAUCUUCAGUGCCAAAUUAACAAGUUAUUUUACAGGUAGCUGGUGCUGGUGUCUCAUUUAGGAAGAGGUAGGUAGGUUGGAGGGCAGAUUCAUGGGGCAGCUGAGCUGGGAGCCACCUGCGAGGCAGCUGGGAGCUGGGCAGAGCCGGAGAGAGGAAUUUAAUGCUGAUGAAAUGAGCCUUUGGAAAGCUGGAGAGGCUGCAGGGGCUGUUUUUCUGCACAAGUGCACAGGUGUGGGUUUAUGGAGGGGGCUGAGGCCUUUCCUCCUGCACCGUCUGCCCUAGGCUGCCCGUGCUUUGCAAGGCACUUGGCUCAGCCUCCGUACCCUCAAGUGCCCAUUUCAAUCUCCUGCCUUCGCAUUUCAUUGCCGGCCAGAACACGGGGCUGUUCUCUGUUAUUUCCUCUCCUCUCAUCCUCCCUUCCCCGCUCAGGGCUGCCCUUGGUCCCCCUCCCUUCCUGCACCUCUUUCAUACAGGGCAGCCUCCCACUUGCCUUGCCUGGGCUGGGAGGAGGGAGGCAGCCCAGCCUGGCACACCCUCUCCUGCCAUCUCUUACAUUUAAAGAUGUGCCUUCUCUUCCCUGGCCUGGGUGACCACCUCUCCUCCUCGGCACGCCGUGUGGCAGUGACUUCUAAGAGGCAUUAGCUCUAAGAGCUGCUUGGAUCCAGGUUUUGGAUGCAGUGGCACGGUGAGGGCUCGCAUCCUGGCCCCAGCCUUUGCCGUGGUACCUUACCGAGAAGGACUCUGGUCCCUAAGGAGCACGAGUGCUUUCUCAAAUAAAUAACCACAAAUUCCCAGGCACCCACUGUCCUUGCACAGCAGCAAAACAAAUCUAUCCGAAGAACUGGGGUGAUUAACGGAAAGAAGCUCUGCGGCAGAGAGAACAUUUUUCAUAUAAAACAUGACAUAGCAAUGCCUUAAAAAUUACUGGAGAAAGCGGGAAGGGGACGGCUCAGCGGAGCCAGCGCUGGCUGGAGGGACGUUGGGUGACCCCGGCUCAGCGUGGGGCGGGAGCUCCCUCCUCUCGCCCAUCACGAAUGAGUCUAUUUUUAUUUGGCUAUCAACACUAUCAGUUCAUUAUUACAGAUUCUCACGUGAUGCUUGUCCUGAUUGUAACUAGUUUUCAAAAAGUGGGAUUAAAAACAAUAAAAUGCACAUUAUACAUCUG